CAUGUAAAAAAUAAGUUUGGCCUUUUCUUGCUAACCCUCUUUGCUUGCGUGAAUGCUCAUUUAGUUAUCACUACUGAUUUGGUGAGGCGACAUUCUAGCAUUUGACAUUUGCUACAAUAUUUCGGAAAAAGUUCUUGGAAAAAGAUAUUCUCCAUUUACACAAUGGCUGACAGCUCUGUUAACAAUUUGGAAGGUACCAGCCUGUCCUCACUACUGCAAUGUAGCGUCUGUCUUGACAUGUGCACUGGUGGAAUUAAACAAUGCAAAAACGGUCACAACAUUUGCGCCUCGCAUGUCCCUCGUUUACAUGAGUGCCCCGUUUGUCGAAUUUCAUUUUCGCAAGGAUUAUCCCGCAACUUGUUAGCGGAAAAUCUUGUCGCUAUUGAACGGAGAAGGCGACAAGGUCAAGAUACGCGGAGACAAGUGGGGUCAAUGGUGGUGACCAGGACCAUUCCCAUCGUCCAGGCCUCUGCUCGAUUACCGAGAAACAAUUCCUCUUACACAGUGGUCAGUCCGAGCAAUAACAACCCUGGACCUACCAGCCUGAUUGCCUGCGAGUACGCCACAGAAGGUUGUACGUAUCGAAAUACAGCCUAUCGAGCACAGCAGCAUGAGCUUAAUUGUCAUUAUCGGCCGAUUGAAUGUUGCCUGAAAACGGACGGGUGUAACAAUGCUGAGAUACGAUUCUCGGAAUACCUGGUGCACCUGAUAAAUACUCAUAAGGUUAAACAUUUCGAAGGAUCCCCUCACUGGAAUAAUUAUUAUGUAAAGGAUGAUCGCAAAUUGGUUCGAGAUGGAUCGACAAGCCUCGUAAUAUUGGAAGUGGACAAUGCCAAGUUUCUGGUCCGAGCGAAACAAGUUGAGGACAGGGUUUAUGUCUGGGUCGCAUUUCAUGGGCGACCACAGGACGGUCGCAAGUACGCAGCAACGAUUAAGUUUGACUUCCCUGGAUCUGAUGAUGACGAUGAUGAGGAGGAGGAGGAUACUGAUGACGAUUAUGAAAGUGAAUCUUCCGAAGAUGAGGAUGGAGAUAUGGACCCUAACUUUGAUUUUGCUGGAAAUGUUAAAGCUACGACUCGUAUGGACGUAGAGGACGUUAAACAAAUCAAUAGUUGUCUAGAUAUGUGUCAAGGUGAUAUCGAGAACAAUUUGGGAACAGAAAUAAUCCGAGGACGUGAACUUGAAAGUUGGGCAAUAAAUAUUAAAAUUAAUAGGUACUAAUGAUAAGUAAGUUUGGUAUAAAGCUCAGGAAGUUACUCCUGUUGAAAAAAGUUAUAGCGGAAUUUUUUCCAAAUCAAGUUUGCAUAGGGGACUGACUGAGGUUUGUAAUCUUAAUAGAUAUACAAAUACAUAUGUAUUGGGUUACUAAAUAAUAUUAGUGUGGGUAACAACUGUAACUAUUUCUAUGAAAUAUAUUUCCUGAAUAAGGGCUCGUAAAAAAGAGCAAAGUCAUACAAAUAAAUAUACUUUUUACAAAUUAUUGGAUAGGUAAUGGAUUAUUAUUGUAAAAUUAUUGGAUACGUAUAGAAAAUAACAUACGUGUGUACUACAUAUGUAAUACCUAUGUAUUUACAGUGAAAAUUGCAAUGUUUCACUUAAUCGUAAUAAAAUAAAUGCGUUCAUAAUAAAUAUA